ACUGAGUAGGGAUAGGGGACUCACAGUUUAGGGAGUAUAUAUGUUACAAUUUCGUUUAAUUAAUCUAAACUACCUUACUCUCAGCACAGGUUCAAUAGGCAUGAGAUUAACUAUGUAAACUAUGGAGUAGCUUAAUUGUCUUACUGUAUGAUCAGUUGAAGGAGUUGAGUUGAGAUUAUCUAAUCAUCAAACAAAUAAAAAUGAUCUUUGGGUACGUAUCAUUAUCAGUAUCGAUGAUGGCUGGUUUAAGGAAAGUAGAGUACAUCACCUCUCGGCGUGGAAGUAAGCAGUUGAUAUCAGAUGGAUAUAUUUACAACAGAAACCGUGAGAGGCAAACCUGCACACAUUGGAGCUGUGUCGUCAAGACAUGCAAUGGGAAAUGUACGACUGUCGGUGACUUUCUUCGCAAUCAGUCGGAACAUAACCAUCCACCUAAAGAUGAAACCAGAGUGACCUUUGUCAGCAAUCUUCGUAAAAGAGCGCGAGAAGAAACCACACAGAUGCAGGCAUUGUACGAGGAGCAAGUCACUCAAGUAGAUGAAGCCAGCAUCCCAGCGAUGCCAUCAUUUCAGAGCGUGAAAAGUGCACUUUACAGGCAUCGUCGCAAGACCAUUCCAGCGUUACCCAGGUCGCGGUCAGCAGUAGACAUUGAAGACAAAUGGUCCGAGACAACAGAUGGACGUCCCUUUCUACUGUUCAGCGACGGCGACGAUGACAAGAUCUUGGCGUUCUCCACUGCAGAACAGAUACAAGCCCUCCAGGAAGCUGACACCCUUUACAUGGAUGGUACCUUCACAGCAUGUCCAGGUUUAUGGGAUCAAGUAUACGUCAUUCAUGCCAGAGUUGGUCAAAACACCUUCCCUCUAGUGUUCGCCCUUUUGCCAGAUCGUCAAGCAACAACCUAUGGCCGGCUUUUUCGACAACUGAAGACAGAGCGACUCAACAGACUAAUGUCACCUAGCAUCGAUCGACUUUGAACAGGCCGUUGUCAGCGCGAUCGAGACAGAGUUUCCGCAAGCAGUGAUCAAGGGAUGGUUUUUUCAUUUCACCCAGGCUAUUUGGAGAAAGACUCAAAAUCUUGGACUUGCAGUCAUGUAUAAGGAGGACCCCCGUGUGACCCAGUGGAUUCGACGAGCAGCUGGGCUAGCUCUGCUGCCCAUUCCCUUUGUUCAGGAUGCGUGGGUUCAAGCUAUGCAGUCGACACCAGAUGUGCCUAGAGCUGUGGACUUUAGCGACUAUAUUGUGAGAACCUGGGUAGAUGAUGACGCCAGAUUCUCAAUGUGCAUGUGGAACCAUUUCGAAACUGAUGGACCCAGAACCAACAACAACCUUGAGGGAUUCCACAGCCGACUGAACUACCUACUGCCACAUGUUCACCCUAACAUCUACAGAUUCAUUGAAGUCAUCCAGAAAGUCGAGUUCAAUGAAAGGACUAAGGUGAUGCAAUUGAACUUUGGUGCGGCACCACGCUGCCGCAAGAGAAUCUACAGAGAGACAGAGAACCGCCUGGUACGCCUCAAAGAUCAGCUGCAGCAGGGUGACAAGUCUGCUAUUGAGUAUUUAGAUGCUUGUGGACACUUCCUUCUUUAAAACUGUAAAAGUUAUUAAAUGUAAA